CGUCCGCCAAACGUCACAAAUAAUGACAUUCAUGUUUUGAAGCCCCAAAAAUGGCUGCAGCGACAGUGCAACAAUCCAGCGUAACAGAUUAUUUAUCGAAAAAACAGAAAGAAAGCCCCAAAGACUUGGCUAACGAAUGGGCGGAAAUCGAAGAACUCCACAAUAAAAAAUUGUGGCACCAACUCACUCUAAAACUACUCAAAUUCAUCAAAAAAAGCGAACUCCAGAAGGGCGACAACCUGAUCCAACUCUACAACAGCUUCAUCCAGACUUUCGAGAACAAAAUCAACCCGCUUUCGCUGGUGGAAAUCGGGGCUGUGGUAGCUGAACAGUUCAAGGAGCCCAAAGACGCUAUCGCGUUUUUGGAAAAAACCGAAACUAAGGUUAAAAUCAACACAGAUGCGCAGAAUUUGUGCAAGGUGUUAGUCGGGCAGUUGCAGCUCGACAAGUUGAACGAUUUAGAUGCCACGAAAAAAAUAAUCGAGGAAGUGGAAGCCACUCUUGAUAACGCAGAGGGUGUAACUGCCGUACAUGGAAGAUUCUUUUUAUUAGCUUCACAGUAUUACCGGAUACAAGGUGACCAUGCCCAGUACUAUCGCACCGCUUUGAGAUACCUGGGCUGCAUCGACCUUGACACUUUAUCAUCGGAAGUCAAACACCAGCACGCGUUUUUCUUAGGUCUGGCGGCCCUUUUGGGCGAAGGAGUGUACAAUUUGGGCGAACUGUUGGCCCAUAAAGUUCUAGAUUCUCUCAAGGCGACCGAUACGGCCUGGUUGGUCGAACUACUAUACGCUUUUAACUCAGGGGAUAUCAAUAAGUAUGAAGCGAUGAGGCCCCAGUGGUCGAAUAUUGCAGAUCUGGCGGCCCAAGAGUUGUUUCUACGGCAGAAGAUUUCGUUGUUGUGUUUAAUGGAGAUGACGUUCAAACGUCCGUCUCACAAUCGCCAACUGACUUUCAACGAAAUCGCAAAAGAAACUAAACUACCGUUGAACGAAGUUGAAGUGUUGGUGAUGAAAGCGUUGUCUCAAGGGUUGGUUAAAGGAGCAAUCGAUCAGGUUGCCGGUACUGUCAACAUGACGUGGGUACAACCUAGGGUGCUCGACAGGUCCCAGAUUUCUUCCAUGGUGGAAAGACUCAACGAAUGGUGCAUCCAUGUCAGCAGUAUGGAACAACUACUAGAAGAAAAAGCGAGCGAAAUAUUAACUUUGUAAUUUCUCAUUUUGCGUUUGAAAUAAUUUAAUAAAUAAUAAUUCACAAAA